AUGGCACCAGAGCGCACUGCUGGUAGCGACGAGCCGCUCGAGAAGCCCACCGCUGGCCAAUCAACAUCCGGCCACCGCUUCGGCAGCAGAGGCGAGUUCGAGAGCCAGCUCCUCAAGCAAGAGCAAGAGCUCCGUCAAGAACAGGUUCGCUUGGAUGGCCUAGAACAAGAGCUCAGCGACAUCAUGAGCAAGCAGAGUCAAGUCGCCGUGAAUGAGGAGCUUGAACGAGCCGAUGAGGUGGCGGCUUUGGCUUCGCAGCUAGAGCAGCGCAUCAGUCUAGCAGCCCCAGCUCAGCCGCAAGUCGAGGUCCCCAAGAUCCAGCACGCCGUCCAGGACAAACUACGAGAGCUCUUCGUCGGUGAUGGCAACAUCAGCCAAAAGCUCAUCGAUAGGGCCGUGGAAGACAAGAAUGCGCUGUUGGAGAAGUUCAACGGAAUGGAAGGAGAUCUGGAAACCAUGAAAUCGGAACUCCGGGAAGAGAGCAAGACCAGGGCCAAACUAGAUGCCAAGGUGAAGAGGUUGAGCCAGGCAGUCAAGGACAAACAGAAAGAGCUCGACGACUCUGUCCGUAUCGAGACAGAAAUCGGCACGGAGAACGCAGAAUUGGGCACGAGUCAGCAAGACUGGAUGGCAAGGGCAGGAAAGGCCGACGGAGAUCUAUCGCAACGCACCGCAGACCUCAAACAGCUCACCGAAGAGCGCGAACAGCUCACCAAAGACCUCGAACAGCGCACCGAAGACCUCAAGAAACGCACCGACGACCUCCACAAGCGUACGGAAGAGCUCAACGCCUGUCGAGAAGCGCUUGACGACUGCAGGAUCGAGCUGCAGUCUCAUAGCAAUCAGAUCGAGGAGAUGAAGACGCGCACAGAGGAUACCGAAGAACGCAUACGCAAACUCAACAUCAGGCUCGACGAGGUGAGACAAGCCACAUCUGAUGCCAGGGCCAAUGCCGAAGUGAUCGACCGGCAACGCAUUGUUGCUGAGAAGCAAGUCUCCUCUAAGGAAGACAUCAUACUCAAGAUGCAGCAAGAGUUGGAGCAGGUACACAAGCAAAACGAGCUCUUGGAGAUACAGACUGCCACAAAGGAGAAGGAGCUUCAAGGCUAUAGGCAGCGCGAUUAG